AUGAGCUCCUCCGAAUUCUCGAGCCGCUCUGGCUCGCCCUUCACAUUCUCUCGCACCUCGAGUGGCACUUCGUGCAGGUCGUGCAGGUCUUCUAUCGAUGCGGCCGGUCCGCUUGGUAACAAGACACGCAACUCCAGCUGUACUUCCAUCGACUCGGGCUACGAAGAAAUCGACUUCAAGACGCUUUCGUUGUUCGACAAUGAGGGUGUUCCUUCGGACUUUACGGCGGAAACCCGUAACGUCGUAUUCGUCGGAGCGGGCUAUGUCGGUGGACCUACUGCGGCAGUCAUUGCCUACUUCAACCCCCACAUUACGGUCACCGUAGUCGACAAGAGCGAAGACCGCAUCGCUGGGUGGCAGUCCAAACAUCUUCCCAUCCACGAGCCCGGUCUCUACGACGUGGUCCGUGUUGCCCGCGACGGUUGGGAUGGCGUCCACCCUUGGGAUUCCGCGGAAGCGCAACUCAAGGACUCGACUCCAACGAGACUGCCGAAUCUCUUCUUCUCCACCGACUGCGACACGCACAUUGCUGCCGCCGACAUUGUCUUCUUGGCCGUCAACACUCCCACCAAGAACGCUGGUGUUGGUGCCGGGGCGGCCACUGAUCUCUCCAUGUUUGAAUCUGCUGCGCGCUCGGUCGCCAUGGUGGCCAAGCCCGGUAUCAUCAUCGUGGAGAAGAGCACCGUGCCAUGCCGAACGGCAGAUGUCAUCCGCGAUGUGUUCCGCUCAUACCGACCCGGCAUGCCCGUUGAGGUGCUCUCCAACCCAGAGUUCCUCGCUGAAGGCACGGCCAUCAAGGAUCUGAUGCAACCAUCUCGCAUUCUGAUCGGUGCCGCACAAACCCCAGCCGCACAUGUUGCAAGCGAGCGUCUCGCCAGCCUCUACGCCAGCUGGGUUCCUCGCUCGUCCAUCCUGACCGUCGGUCUCUGGUCGUCCGAACUCUCUAAGCUAGUCGCCAAUGCCAUGCUGGCACAGCGAAUCAGCAGCAUGAACACUGUCAGCGCCAUCUGUGAAAAGACUGGCGCCGACGUGGACGACGUUGCCUUUGCCAUUGGACAGGACCCUCGUCUUGGCUCUCGAUUUCUCAAAGCCGGCUUGGGCUUUGGUGGGUCUUGCUUCAAGAAGGACAUCCUCAGCUUGUCGUACUUGGCCGAGAGCUUGGAUCUGCCUGAGGUUGCAGCCUACUGGCGCAGCGUGGUGGGCAUCAAUGAAUGGCAAUGCAGACGCUACGUCAAGCUUGUGAUUAAGAAACUGAAUGGUAGCCUUCGAGGGAAGAAGAUUGCUCUCCUCGGCUACGCAUUCAAAAAAGACACCGCCGACACCCGCGAAUCUCAAGCGGCUGAAGUCGUCAAGCACCUCUGGGGCGAAGAGCCGCGCGAGAUCGCAAUCUUCGACCCCCAAUGUCGCAAAGAAGACAUUGACGCCGAGCUUCGCGGAUUCGCGCAAAAGAGCAAUCUCAGCGAGCGCACUGCGGUGAAUGUCUACGCCGAUGCGUACUCUGCCACCAGCGACGCGGCCGCCGUCCUCAUCCUCACCGAAUGGGACCAAUUCAGCUACCCGCCAAAGUCCGAGGAAGCUGCUCGCGCAUCCAAGCCCGUGCCGGACAUGGGAGGCCUGCGCUACGAAAUCAGCGAGAGCACCACGACCAUCCCCGGUUUCGGCGGGCAAUGGGGUGGAGAGGUUGCAUUGCGCUCAGAGCCCGACUGCGCAAGCGACUGCAACCUCUGCUCCGACCACGAGACCACAGCCAACCAGCACGCUCGCGAGAACCUGGAUUGGGAGAGGCUGGCAGACGGCAUGCGUGAGCCCAAGUGGGUGUUUGACAGCCGUGGCUUGGUCGAACCGCUGGCCCUUGCGCAGCUUGGGUUCCGUGUGGACUCUCUUGGGAAGGCGAGCGCUCGGCCUUGGUGA